GACAUCUCCAAUAUUUCAGCUUCAGACCUCCCGUGCGUCCACGAUUAGACAUCCGACCUGAUAAUCUCUCCAAAACAGAUACAGAAGUUCGGCGAAGACCUAAAGAUCUCUGUUUCUUCGUCCGGAGUAGACCAAUUUGCCCAACCGGACUGGUUUUAUUCCGGCGAAAAUGAGCGUUGUUGGUUUUGAUUUCGGCAACGAAAGCUGCAUUGUUGCUGUUGCUCGGCAGCGAGGCAUAGACGUUGUUCUUAAUGAUGAAUCAAAACGUGAGACUCCUGCUAUCGUCUGCUUUGGUGAGAAACAGCGGUUCAUUGGAACCGCUGGGGCCGCUUCCACAAUGAUGAACCCAAAAAAUUCGGUCUCUCAGAUUAAACGUUUGAUCGGGAGGCAAUUUUCUGAUCCCGAGCUCCAACUUGAUCUUAAAGCCUUCCCCUUCACCGUUACAGAAGGGCCUGAUGGUUAUCCAUUAAUUCACGCUCGAUACUUGGGAGAAGCAAGAGCCUUUACACCAACGCAGCUUUUGGGGAUGGUAUUGUCAAAUCUGAAGAGCAUAGCAGAGAAGAAUCUGAAUGCAGCAGUAGUGGACUGUUGUAUUGGUAUUCCGGUGUAUUUCACAGAUCUUCAAAGAAGAGCAGUUUUGGAUGCCGCUACGAUAUCUGGUUUGCAUCCUCUCCAUUUGAUUCAUGAAACGACUGCCACAGCGUUAGCUUAUGGAAUAUACAAGACAGAUUUGCCUGAGAACGACCAAUUAAAUGUUGCUUUUGUUGACAUUGGCCAUGCAAGCAUGCAGGUAUGCAUUGCAGGCUUCAAGAAAGGGCAGCUGAAGAUUCUCUCACAUGCAUUUGACCGGUCACUUGGAGGUCGAGAUUUCGAUGAAGUUCUGUUCCAGCACUUUGCAGCAAAGUUUAAAGAAGAGCUUAAGAUGGAUGUUUACCAAAAUGCACGGGCUUGCCUUAGGCUGCGUGCUGCUUGUGAGAAGCUGAAGAAGGUACUUAGUGCAAACCCGGUGGCACCGUUGAACAUAGAGUGCUUAAUGGAUGACAAGGAUGUCAGAGGCAUCAUCAAGAGGGAGGAGUUUGAGCAGCUCAGUGUUCCAAUUUUGGAGCGUGUGAAGGUACCUUUACAGAAGGCUCUUGCAGAAGCUGGACUAACUGUCGAAAAUGUCCAUUCAGUGGAAGUUGUUGGUUCGGGGUCACGUGUUCCCGCAAUCAUUAGAAUCUUGACUGAAUUUUUUGAAAAGGAACCAAGGCGCACUAUGAAUGCCAGUGAAUGUGUUGCCCGAGGUUGUGCACUUCAAUGUGCAAUCCUCAGUCCAACUUUCAAAGUGCGGGAGUUCCAGGUCAAUGAGAACUUUCCCUCUCCAAUUGCCUUGUCAUGGAAAGGGUCUGCACCUGAUUCCCAAAUUGGUUCUGCAAAUCAUCAGCAAAGCACCAUAGUCUUCCCCAAGGGAAAUCCACUGCCCAGUGUCAAGGCCUUGACAUUUUAUAGGUCAGGAACAUUUACAAUUGAUGUUCACUAUGCUGAUGUGAGCGAAUUGCAGGCACCGGCAAAGAUCAGCACUUACACGCUUGGUCCAUUCCAAUCUGCAAAAGGUGAACGUGCAAAACUGAAAGUGAAAGCUCGUUUGAAUCUGCAUGGCAUUGUGUCUGUGGAAUCUGCAACAUUGCUGGAGGAAGAAGAAGUUGAAGUUCCAGUUGUAAAGGAGCCAGCAAAGGAAGGUACAAAGAUGGAGACUGAUGAGGCUCCUGCUGACACUGCAGCUGAAAGUGAUGUAAACAUGCAAAAUGCCCAAGGUAGCACUGAUGCAUCUGGUGUUGAAAAUGGUGCUCCUGAGUCUGGGGAUAAGCCUGUGCAGAUGGAAACAGAUGCAAAGCAGGUUGAGGCGCCAAAGAAGAAGGUAAAGAAGACAAAUGUCCCAGUUACAGAGUUUGUUUAUGGGGGAAUGCCACCUGCUGAUGUGCAAAAAGCAGUGGAGAAAGAGUUUGAAAUGGCCCUCCAGGACCGAGUGAUGGAAGAAACGAAGGACAGGAAGAAUGCAGUGGAGGCUUACGUUUAUGACAUGAGAAAUAAGUUGAAUGACAAGUUACAAGAAUUUGUGACUUCUUCAGAGGGGGAGGGAUUGAUUGCUAAACUACAGGAGGUUGAGGAUUGGCUGUAUGAAGAUGGUGAGGAUGAAACCAAGGGUGUCUAUGUUGCUAAGCUUGAGGAACUCAAGAAGCUAGGGGAUCCUAUUGAGGAGCAUUACAAGGACAACUUGGAGAGAGGACCAGCAAUUGAACAACUUAUCUAUUGCAUCAACAGUUUCAGAGAGGCAGCAUUGUCGAAUGAUCCUAAAUUUGAUCACAUUGACAUUGCUGAGAAACAGAAGGUGGUAAAUGAGUGUGUGGAAGCAGAGGCAUGGUUGAGAGAGAAAAUGCAGCAACAGGAAAGCCUCCCAAAAUAUUCACCCCCCGUUUUGCUGUCAGCUGAUGUGAGAAGGAAAGCAGAAGCAGUUGACAGGUUCUGCAGGCCUAUCAUGAUGAAACCUAAGCCAGCCAAGCCAUCAACUCCAACUGAGACACCUCCACCUCCACCCCAGGGCAAUGAACCUCAAUCCCAAGGUGGUGAAUCUGGUGGUGAAAACCAGGUAGAAGGCAAUGGUGAGGUGCCUCCAGCUACUUCUGAGCCCAUGGAAACUGAUAAAUCAGAGGGCACCCAAAAUGCAGCGUAAGUGG